ACUUGGUUGCAAAUCCCUUGCUGGCAAGAAAUGCUCCGAACUGUCACCGUUCCUUCUCGGGAAAUCUUGUCCAGGCUUGUCGAUGCCAGUAUUUGUCUCCUAUUUCAUUUCCUCCCUCCUCCUUUCCAAACAGGCUGUCUGACACAACAGAGGGAUUAGUCUCUCACACACAGGUAAAAACUGUACGCUGUUCUUGUUUACUCAACAAGGAGUCAUACCAAUCCAGUGGCAUGGAGGAAGGCUUUCCUUUUCAUUUAGCUCUCCCAGACGUCCUGAUUUCUCUGCUGUCUCUGCUGUUUUUCCUCCUGGAUGUCGUACUGGACCUGUGGGCCAUAGACUGCCUCUAUAAGGAGGAGAAAUACUCUUCCAUGGGAUUGUUGAUAUUCUUUCUGCUCAGUUCCUCGAUUCUAGUGCAGACCUACAGCUGGCUCUGGUACUCGGAUUCCUCCGUAACCCUGGACACCAAAGUAGAGAGAUUUAUCAAGAGACACGGUCUAAUGGCGCCGGUGCACAUCUGUCAACUUAGCGUCUUCCUCAGGUUUGCAGCAGUGUUAGAGAUCUCAAUCUGCAGAUUUAACCAGAGCGACCGUUUUUCAAAGGGACUGACCAUGUACAUGAUUCACGACCUCAGCACGUUGCGUCUGUUCGAGGCGUUCUCCGAAAGCGCUUCACAGCUCGUCCUGAUGACGGCUCUCAUCUUCGAGAUGCAGGAGAUGCAACACUUCACAGUAAUUAAAAUCAUCGGGUCACUUUUCGUCCUCACCUUCAGCGUGUUGUCCUACCAUCACAACAUGCGUGCAUUCCUCCCUGAAAAGCUUGGAAUGGGAUGGCUUUCCUCUGUCAUCUACUUCCUGUGGAACCUGUUCCUGAUUAGUCCGCGUGUGGUGUGUGUGUCCCUCGUCGCCUCCGUCUUACCCUGCCUUAUUGCAGCACACUUCCUGUCCCUGUGGACGUUGCUGGUCCUCUGGGCCUGGUGGGAGAAGACGGACUUCAUGGACACUAAAGCUGGAGAAUGGCUGUACCGGGCCACCGUAGGCCUCAUCUGGUACUUCAGCUGGUUUAAUGUAACCAGCGGAAAUACGAAACUCAGAGGAAUCAUCUACCACGUGGUUAUGGGAGCGGACAACGCGCUGCUGUUAGGAUUAUGGUGGUGGUGGAGAUCUGUGGAAUCUGCUCGUCUUAGUCCGUUCCCUAUUAAUCCCUACAUACUUAUUGGUUUGUUAGUGAUCAUCUACAUCACAGGAGUCCUGCUGAAACUUGUUUAUUACUGGAAAUGUCAUCCUAACAAACCGGUUUUAGACAUAAAUCUGAACAAUGAUGCAGGAUCUGAUAGUCUGGAGCUGGACUCGAGUGAGACUCUUGAGCCUAAACCUGAACCUGAAGUCACAGUUUUAGUUGGUAUUAACAAAAGGAUAAGACACAUGGCUGUAAAUUUCUACUGCUAAACUGAAUUAAAGUUGAGGAAACGGUUUAU